ACAAUGACUUGAACAGCUCCUUUCUCUCUUGUGCCCCCAGGCGUCGUGCGCUGCUACUGCAACCUGCCCGCAUGCAUCACGACGGGCUACAUGUGCAAGUCGGCGGGCCGCGGCUGCUUCUCGGACCUGGUGGACCACGUGGACGUGUACCGGGCGCGGCACGGCUGCCUCGACCUGCUCGACGACGACCGGCAGCGCCAGUGCAAGAACCAGCCGCGGCCCAGCGCCGCCGAGGAGGUGGACGAUGACGUGCCAGCCUGGGAGCAGGAGGGCCUCCAGGACCAGGACGACGCCCAGCCGCAGAUAGAGCAACACCAGCAGCAGGAGGAGGACACGAUCGUGGUGGACGACGCACAGCAGGACGUGCCGAGGGACACGCCGUCGCUGUUGCUGUGCUGCACCGAGGACAUGUGCAACCACAUCGACAGCCCCGACUCCAGGAUGAGGCACAGCGGUCCGAACGGCAGCGAGGCGGCCCACGUGACCGUGUCGAGCCCCGCGGGCGCCCCCGCGGCCCACGCCGGCCAGGCGGGGCCGUCGGCGGGCACGUCCGAGGCCGCCGCGGCAGCGGCCGCCGCCGCCCGCUCCGCCGAGAUGUGGUUCAAGGCGGCCACGAUCGCGGUGCCCAUCUGCGGCGCCCUCAUCCUCGUGCUGCUCAUCGUCCUGGCCGUGCGGCUGCUCCGGGCCGACAGCCAGCACCAGCGCGCCAGCAAGCUGAGUGCCUGCGCGUUCCCGGCGCUGAGCGACAAGAAGGUCCCGUUGCUGCCGUGCGGCACCGGGGUGGGCUGGGGCCACGGGCCCGGCCACGGCCACGGCGUCAACAGGCUGGGCCCCAGCUGCGGCGGCCCGGGUGGCGCGCUGGCCAAGAACCACGCGCUGGCCAAGCUCAACUACUCGGCGAGCUACGACCUGCUGGACCUGCACAAGGACGACAACUGCAGCCAGCAGCGCAACGUUCUGCUCGCCCCCAGCACGCCCAAGUCCAGCUACAAGGAGGUGCUCGCGUCCUUUGUGCCGUGGGGCGGCAGCUGCGGCGCACCCGCCGACCCGCCGGCCAGCGUCUAGGGGUGUCCCUCUAGGGGUGUCCCUCUUGGGAUGUCCACCAGGGCAAACAGGGUGUGACCUUUUUUGUAACCCGCAACCCACCGUCUGCCGUUAGCAAUGAGACUGAGGGAUAUUUCAUUUGUUCCUACGCAUCUAGAAAGAAAGGAAAAGAUGGUCAAAUACUUGCAAAAGAUUGAAACUGGUAAAAGAAUUUACUCUUUGCCCGAAUCAUGAACUGUUGUCACUUUUUGAUGUUUGUCGUGACUGAUAUUUAGUUACUUCAAAUGAGGUUGCAGACUUUAAGUCCCCCUGUAAAGUUAUUUAGGAUUUUAAGUAUGGGCCCUUAUGUUCUUCCGAGAACUUCUGUAAAGGGUAUUGUGAUAUUGUGUGAGAGCGCUUGGUGAAGCGAGUGCUAGUCCUCUUUGUUCAAUGGUGUUACUUGUUAUUUGUUUUAAAUUAAUUACCACUUUAAAAAUAGUGGGAUUGUCACCCAACAUAGCCUUGAUCUGAUUUGAUUCUCACUGGCAAUGUUGAGUGCCAACUCGUAUGUCAUGUUGUAAAUACUAUGCUAUUGUCCAAAUAUACAUAAUCAUAUUGGUAAAAUAUGGUUUGUGUAUGAUAAUGUGAUAUGAAAUCCAGUGGAAGGAGUUAGAUGUCUGUUCCACCCUAUGUCAAGUACCAGGAUGUUAUUGUUAUUCUGAUGGAGUUGGUUUCCUAUGCCUUUGUUCAUUGCUCCUUUUCAUAUAAACAGAGUUGUGUUUAUUACUGAAGUACUUCUUGGUUGAGUCCUCCAUGUUCUCUAGGAGAGUGUUAGAAAUAGUAUAAUGAAUAACCACUUUCUUUGCUUUCUUAACACUUGCCCUUCAGAUAUUGUGUGAUUCUAACUCUCUUAAAAAGAAAGACGUAAUAUCUUCGGGGUGUCAUUAUAAAUGCACCUUCUGCUUUUCGUUUACAGUACUGUGCUAAGUAAACAAAAACAUGCAUGAUCAAAGCAUAUGACUGAUUAUUCUUUGUAAUUUUGUACAUUUAUAUAUAAAUGUGUGUAGAAGGAAUGUUACCAUCUAUGGAAUGUUUUCUUUCUUCUGUGCAUAUUAAAUUAUUUGCAGAAGAUUAAAGCAUGCAUAGAUUUUAUUCUUUUCUUUCUUUACACUGUGUCUUGUUCAUUCGCUUUUUAAAAAGUGAUGCAAUUAAACUGUGAUACGAAUUCCUCUUUUGUAAACUAUGAAGUCUAUAGUAGCAACAUGUUUUUCUAUGAGUACUGUGCAUUUUGUAUCUGAAGAAACAGAAAAAUCCUGUAAGCUGAAUGUUCAAUUAUUUUUUCUAGACUUUUUAAAAUCACAGCAGGGUAAAAAAAAUAUUUUUCAUAAUAAGUCAAAAAACAUUUUUUCAUGAAGCAAUGCCAAUCCUAAAAGACUCAUAAAGCAUUCUCAUAAUUUUGUAUUCCUGCCAUUUUCGGCAGAAGACUUUCUUGCUCUAAAGACCAAGCUUAUUACAUCUUGCUGCUUUAUUUCUUGUUCUCUUUUACUGUCUCUCUAUGUACAUAAAGUAUAUCAAGUGUUGAUAUGUUUAAAAAUAUAGGGUCU